AUGUUUUUUGAUAACGCUACCAGUUUCAUUAAUGAUCCUAAUAACAAAGAAAUACUACAAAUUGUAAAAGGUUUUCGAAAUGGUGCAGUUUACGGUGCAAAAGUGCGGUUUCCGCAUGCACUAGUGAUGACUUUCCUUUUUCGAGAAGGCAGUCUAAAAGAUAAACUAACCUGGAUUUUGCAGGCUACAAAACAACAUUCUCGCAAUCUUGCCUUUUUCGUUACAAUAUACAAAUCGUUGAUGUAUUUACAACGAAAAAUUGCGGGAGACAAAGAACAAAGUGGUCAUUCAUUUAUAGCGGGUCUGAUUGGCGGCUAUAUUGUUUUUGGGGAGAAUAAUAAUAUCAAUCAACAGAUUGUACUUUACUUGUUUGCGCGUAUAAUGGUGGGCCUUGCUAAAGUACCGGCAGCGCAUAAAGUUGUUGAUGCGCCAAAACACACUUUUCCAAUUUUUGCGUCACUCGUUUGGGGAAUUGUUAUGUGGCUUUUCCGCCACGAACGAGAUGUCCUUCAACCUUCUUUACAGGCUUCUAUGCAAUACCUUUAUUUGGAUUCUAAUAAAUGGGAUUCACUUAGGAACUUUAUAUGGCACAAUAAAUAA